UCAUAGGAUAAAAUGGCACUUCAGCGUUCGCAAAACGUGUUUUUUUUCUCUACUUUCCUUUUUGCACAAGCAAAACCUGGCGAACUAAGCGAAUGUUUGGCAAAAAUGUGCGAAAUUUCUAGUUAUUAUGCUGGAAAUGACGAGUGAACUCUUAAGUGAUUGUUUGCUAGAAAAAAACCUACACGUCUAGUUUGAUUCUACGGUCUGAUUAUGGCUGCAGAGCAGUUUUGUCUACGAUGGAACAACUUCCAGAGCAACAUUGCCUCAGCUCUUGGAAGCUUAAAAGCUGAACAAGACCUGGUUGAUGUUACCUUAACUUGUGGGGGCAAAAGUGUCAAGGCUCACAAAGUUAUUUUAUCAGCCUGUAGUCCGUACUUUCGAUCAGUAUUCAAGGAAAAUCCAUGCCAGCAUCCUGUUGUCAUUUUAAAAGAUGUUAGAUAUGAAGAUGUGCUGGCACUCCUAAGUUUUAUGUACCAAGGGGAAGUUUUUAUCACUCAAGAUCAGUUGUCAACAUUUUUAGAAACAGCAGAACUUCUUCAAGUCCGUGGUCUUACAGGUGCUUCCAGUCCAGUAAAGGAGCCUCCUCAGCAGAAGAGUGGUCAGAGUUCAUCAUUAGCACCCCCUCCUCUUAGCAAUAUUCAGAGGACUUUCUCCAAAGUAGCCACAAUUACUCCCUCGCCAGGAGGAAGUCCAGUUAGCAGGGCUUCGUCACUAACAUCCCACCAGUUAAAGCAAGCCUCUAACUCCUCCAAACGCCACAUCCCCCCUCCUGCUCGUUCUACAAGUCCUGCCUCGGAUUCUCUUGUAAACAAAGAGCAUUUAUCUGCGCCAUCAUCUCCCCAACAUGUAUCUAAAAGGCGCAAAGCUACUCCAAGAAGAGUCAGCACAAGUAGUUUGGCCUCUUCAGAUGCUGGUAUAGAAAAUGCAAAUUCUAAUUCAAGUGGACCAGAUCCAUCCCGCAUAUCUGAUGAUAGUUUAGCUCUACUAGAAAAUGUAUCAGUAAAUAUAUCUGAAGUUAAACCAGAACCACUUGAUCCCACUAAUGACUCAGGAGCUCUCGAGACUGACAUGGAUGAUGAUGGUGAAGUUUACAACGACAAUGAAGAGGAUGAUAGAGAUAAUGAUCAUGGGGAUGAUAGCCGUAGCGGAUUUUACAUGGAAAUGGAUGAAAGCAAUGAAGCUGGCACUUCAAGUCUAUUGGCUCGAUCACUUGCUGGAGUAUCACCUCGCAGCACAGAUGGUGGUCUCUCAACAAACAAUCAAGCUUCAGCAACUGAUCUCACAGCUAGUGGUGAAGGAUCAAAGGGGUCUUCUUUGCAGUGUGGAACUUGCCCUCAUUGCGGGCAGAAUUAUUCUAACCUUUCUGCCCUGAAGUAUCACGUGCGUUUAGUCCACUCUGAUCUGACAAAUCGUCUAUGCUGCCACCUCUGUCCUCGUUCCUUUGUUCAACGGGAACAGUAUCGUCAACAUAUGUGGGACAAACAUGGUACACGCAAUUAGAAUUAUCUAAACAGUUCUAUACCUAUUUAUCUUGUCAUCAUUUUUUGUAAGUCAUAUGAGGUAUUUUUCAAUCAUCUAGAGGUGAGUCUUCACUCAUUAGUCAUCAAGAUGUUGGCUGUUUGUUUCAUAAAAAUUUUGGUUUAGUACUUUUUAUUUUUAUUUUUGUUAUCUUAAAAAAAUGUGUCUGGAAGAUGCAUACUUUGAGAAGUUGAUUGCCCCAUGGUAUGUUUAUAAUCUAAGAGGUAGUCUGAGGCCACAUUUCUCAUAAAUUGUUGCCAGAACUUUGGUCAUUCUCACUAUAGGCAAAUAUGUAUCGUGGGAAAAGAAAAGGUUUUCAGCAUUUGUUUUUUCCUCCAUAGCAAGCAUGUAGGUUUGCUUUUUUAUGAUAUUGGUGUUAAAAUUCCUAUAUCUUUCCAAUAUAUUGAAGUGAAGGAAUGUCUUUGGGUCACAUAUACAUACAUAUUUUAAGCUAUAUAUUGUGACCAAGAUCUGGUAACAACUUUAUUCUGUUCCCUUUUAAUUUAUUCUCUUUCUACUACUCCUAACUUAGUAAUAAUGUCUCGGCACCUUCUCUUGCCUUUUGCUGUCUUCGAGCAGGAUUCAAAACUAGAACCAGGUGAAAUACUUAUAUGUAGCACUUUGUGCUUUAUAAUAAUGAAUGGUGAAUGUACUAUCCAGAUUUAGGGAUAUUUUCUGAGUCAUUGAACAAACUUGAUUGUGCUAGAUAAUCAAUAGAUAUUUCCCUGUUUCUUCUUUUAUGUAAUGAGAAGGGUGCCAUGUUUUUCAGAGUACAUUUGUGUGUGCUCCUUUUCUUGUGAUAUGCUUGUAGGUGCAGAUGUACAGAUAGUAUUACAGGGUUUAUGGAAACCACUUUUGAUGAGUGUUAACUGUUAUUUAUAAUCUGUUAUUUAAAUGAAUUUUAUUUAAACAAAAGUUGUCUGAGGUAGAUUAGUUAUAGUAUGAUUGAAAUUAAUCUGGAAGUAUCUAUUGUGUGCACAAUGAGAUGUGGAAAAUGUAUCUUCUUUCUUUUCAUUAUCAUUGAUGUUUGGAAAUUCGUACCUGAGGGAAGGUGGGGGGAGAUUUAAGCACUUAUUUAAUGUUGAUAGUCAAAUCUAAUUUAUAAUAGCCACUCACCCCUUUGAUUCCACAGCCUUUCUGUAUUCAAAAAACAAUAGUUGGAAUUUAUCUUACUGAUCGUAAAAUUAAUACAGUGCCUCCUGGAUUGUGAUACAUGAAGGAUUAACCAACAAAUUCUUCUCCUUCUUGAGGUUUAAAUACAAUAUGUAUUGCAUUAAUGCUUCCUCUGUGGUAACCAAAUUGUUCUGGUUGUGUAAACAGAAGGCCGAAGAAUAAGGAUGAACCUUACAACCAUAUGCUAGAAGUUCCGCUCUCUAUAAGCGGUGUAAAUCAUGAUUCAGUGGGCUGUUAUGGAUGAUCUUAUUUUUCAAAAGGAGAUAUGUUAUUUAGGGUUGUUGUAUUCAAACAGCUAAGAUCCUGGAUCUUUUGCAUGUUUUAAAACUUCAUUUAGUCUAUUCUAGUUUUCUAAAUUUUGUAUUGUUUGUGUUUAGGUAGUCUUUUCUGUUGUAGUUUUUCUUAAUUGUGCAUUCAAUUCAAUUCAGAUUGGCAGGCCCAUCUUAAAAACUUAUCUAACAUCAUUCUCAUAAUUGGAUGAUAUUAGUGAAGUAUUUUUGUCUAACUUGAAAAGCUGUGAAUCAUCUCUGUUAUUGAAAGUCUUUUAUUUUCUAAGCAAGUCGGCUAAGACUAACACUGUCAGUUUGUUUUGAUGUUCAGGAACUAAAUGGUUUAUUGUGUUGUAUUUUAUCCUUGUUGCACAUAUUCUAUUUUCUUAGUUUAGUUGCAAUGCUAAAUCAGUUGUACAAAGGUGUUCUGUACUGUGUGUAAAGUACUUUUAAUAAUCUGGGUGUUCCCUUUCUUUUUGGUUAUGUUUGUGCAUUCCAGAAGAAACAUGUUAUCUGUCCGUUCAUUAAGGUUGUGUUAAGUUUUAGAAUUGUUUGGUCGAUCUAUGUUGUGUAUUGGAAGCAUAUUUGACAAAGAUUCAAGUUUGUAAUGCAUGUACUUGUACUUGUGCUUUUAAAAUUUUAACCAAUUGCUGCAAUUAAGUUUUUUUGUAGGAAUUUGGUAUACAGUCAUCAACUUAAAAUCAGGUUCAAAUAGGUCAUUGAAAAUUGAUGGUUGGAAGAGUACUCUUUCCAAUUUUGAGACGUCUACAGAACCAUCUCUCACGUUUAAUGAGUGUGUGCAUAACUUCAUUUUCAUAAAUAAUUUUUAUUUUUCUCCAUCUUGUUUGGUUUACCCAGAAGAAGCAACUUGUGUUUUAUUCCGUGUGUCUGCUCCUUUCCUCCAUUUUUUCUUUAAAUAUCAUUUAUUGCCGAGAGGAAAAGAUGGACGUGGUAAACAAGUGCCAACAGCAUUCUUCAUGCUUAUAAAGUACAUUUGCCAUUUUUCAGUGAAGAUAGCAAAAUAGAAUGAGAUAAUGGCAAAAAUAUAUUAUUGUGUCUACAUGUUUAAAAAAUUAAUUUUGUGAAGAUUUGAAAAAGUGUGUAUAGGUAGUCUUGUUUGGAUCUCUUGUAAGAUUUCUCAUAGGUAUAUAGGAAAGAUGUAGAUUAUUCUGAAUCUAUUUCACUGUUAAAAUUUUGGUUACAGUAUUUAUGCUAAAUCCUUAUUUAUAUACUUUGUGCCAGAUAUGAAUGUUUCCUGUUCCUCAUUUAAAGUAUUGAAUGCUGUUGUCAUUGUCAUCUGAAGGAAACCAAAGCUUAUUCAUGUUGUUUAUGAUAUAAUUUUAUUGUGUUAUUAUCUCUUAUAUGUGGAGGAUCCUUUUAAAUAUUCAAUCAAGAAUUUUCUUGUGUACAAAAUCAUCCUUAGCACUGCUCUCUAUUACACUGUCAAAGUUUCUAUUGGGACCAAAUGUCUGUUGUUUAGUAAGUGCACAUGAGGAAUUAUAUUUUGCAAUCCCUCAGAGUUAUGGCAAAGGCUCACUACACUCACUACUUCUAACUUUGAGUUGUACGUGGACUAAAGAGUGAUGAUCGUGAACACAUUAUUUCUAAAUACUCUCAAGAUGGUUAUUUAACAUUUUCCUUCAGAUUCUAAGGAAAUAAAUGAAAGAUGAUUUGCUCUAGAUGGCAUCCUGUAAAGCUGUUUAAAAAUAGUGUGGUGGUGUGGUUGCGGAACAGUGGAUGCCCACUGAAAUGUAAAAGUUUUUUUCAGUUUAUGUGCUCUGUCUGGUUGGGUGCCAAAUGAUGUAGAGGAUAAGGUAUGAUGAGCCAUCAUGUAUUUUGUCAGAUAGUUUUUGAUAUGACCUCAAUGCAAGUGCCUCCUUGCAUUGUAGUGAUGUGAUUGUUUCGAGUUGUGAUUCGGUCUGUGUUGUGUUAUGCGAGAGAGCAGUAUUCCACGUUAAAUAAAAUUGCGAAAAAUACUAAA